UAUCCAACAUGAAGAYCUACMAAUCUAUCUUCCUCCUAUUCGCUCUGGUCUUGUCUGCCGCCAACGCCUUCACCAUGGAUUCGCAGACAGGAUCUGCAUUUUUGGUGUCCCAACGAGCACGCGCAUACGAUGCACCAACGAGUGCUGCCCCAGUCCGCACCGGCGUAUCCAGCCUCAGCAUGGGUGGGAAAAAAGCAAAGUUCGGAAUCUUCUCCCCUGCCGUGUAUGGAGCCAAGAUUGUUUUGGGAACUGACAAACUUAACAAACUUCGAGGAAAGGGAAUUUCCCUCCACUCUUCGACAAUCGGAGAUUUCUGCCAGUGGUAAGUUCUUGAGAAAUGCAUCCCAACAUUUUUGAAGGCUAUGCUUCUGAUUUUGAGCGGCGUAGGUUUGUUAUGUCGCUUCUUGAGGAUGCAGAGAAAUUUCUUAUCUUGCUGGUGACCUUUCAACUUUAACGUACUAAUUGCCUUGUGUAAUUUGUGAACCAUCAUCAAUUGAUUGUAAACAAUUUCUUUUUGCGUUGCUUAGGGCUGGAGCUUACCAUUUGCGAACGAAGUUGAUCAAGAAGGCAAAGACGAAUGGAGAUAUUCUUGGAUUUCUUGUUUAARAAUGAACCCGUGUUGUUCUGAGGAARAGGGUCCUCUCGACAGCAAUACCGAUUACUACAGAGAUAGCUUCCUGGAUKAAAAAAAGUUGAGUGCGCCYUAUCUAAUUACAGGUUUCGGAUCAAUUGAGCAGCAAUUAUCGAAGAGUCAUKAAUUGAAACUCAUUCGGCGUCCUUACCGACAAGCUUUCAUUGAAAAAUUAUCCGUCAAUCAAUACAUUACGAAGAU